CCUGUCCAUAGGCAACAAGAUUUUUCCCAUUCUGGCUCCGAUCUUUACAUUAGUGAAUGGCACCAAUGGUAUCUCAUACAUCACCAUCGCUGACCGUUACCUCAGUCUGGUGAGUUACCUAGGGAGCUGUCCCACCACUACCUGCGCCUUCAACCCUGUCACCAUGGCAGGUAAACUAGACUUCAACGAUUGCAAGAUCGUCAGUUGGGGCUCAUCAACUGCAGGUAGCCUGAAGGGGACAGGUUUGAACGAGGCGGCUGUCAGGUUCUCCCCCACCGGGUGCACCACCCUGCCCAACCUGUUUAACGUCAGCACUUCCCUCUGUUUCUCCACCAUCAGCGGCAAGAACCUCUACUGCUCGGGAGAUAAUGGUGCCCCAGUCUACUGCAAGGCGCCGAGUAACGGCGAGUGGAUUCUGCUGGGAGUCGCUGCCAUGCAGCUUACGUGCAACGGAUCAAACGAGGUGAAGGUCAUUCCAUUCCCAGGAUAAAGAACACAUUCAUGCACAUUGAAAGAAAGAAAGAAAAAGUUAUGUUUAUUUCCCUGAUUUAUU